GUAAUUAAACGUAUGUGGUAUAAUAAUUAAAUGGGUAAAAUCUAGAUUAAAAACAUUUGAAACGUUUUUCUUUUAUUCUGAAGGCUACCGGAGUGGGCCGGAAGUUAUUUUAUGUUUCCGGGUCUCAGCGGUUCCUUCUGGCGGAACUCUGUUAGCAUGUUAGCAUGUGUCGGUGUGCUGGCGUGUAGCAGGAGCUGAAGCAGCACGUUGGCCAGAUGUAAACAGCGACAGAACUUCUUCUCUGUCUCCGUUUUCUUCCCCCGUCUGUGGAAAAUGUCCAGACUUCCGGGCGUCAAAGGUUCCCGGCGGCAGCAGCGGCUAACGUUAGCUGCGGCUCGGACGGGUCAGACAACAAGACCCGGACCCGGAGAGGACCCCGCUCCCCGACACAGUCUGCUAGGCCUGGUUUCAGCUCCCGAGUUAAAGCUGCGAAGAGUGUGUCCUGCAGACGUCCAGAAGCAAAGAUGCAAAGAAAAGGUUCCCCCCGAGCAGCAGGAGUGGAGCCCCAAUCUGGACCAGGAGGACCCAGUGCCCCCACACAUUAAAGAGGAGUGGAGCCCCAGUCUGGACCAGGAGGACCCAGUGCCCCCACACAUUAAAGAGGAGUGGAGCCCCAGUCUGGACCAGGAGGACCCAGUGCCCCCACACAUUAAAGAGGAACAGGAGGAACUCUGGACCAGUGUGGAGGAAGCUGAUAUCACCAAGUUCCCAUUCACUCCUGUUCCUGUGAAGAGUGAAGAAGGUGAUGAAGAGAAACCUCAGUCCUCACAGCUUCAUCAGAGCCAGACUGAACAGAUGGAAACAGAAGCUAAUGGAGAGGACUGUGGAGGACCAGAACCAGCCAGGAACUCUGAUCCAGAUACAUAUUUACAACCAGUUAGUGACGACAGGACUUCAGACUCUUCUGAGACUGAUGACAGUGAUAAAAACUGGAACGAUCCAGACAGAAAGUCAUUUAGCUGCUCUGUGUGUGGUAAAACAUUUAAACAUAGGGGUAAUGUUAAUAUUCACAUGAGAACUCAUACAGGAGUCAAACCUUUUAGUUGCUCAGUUUGUGGUAAAAGGUUUACUCAAAAAGCAAGUCUGAACUACCACGUGAGAACUCACACAGGAGAGAGACCAUUUAGCUGCUCAGUUUGUAGUAAAACAUUUCGACAUAAAGGAGCUCUAACGUACCACAUGGCCACCCACACAGGGGUGAAACCAUUCAGUUGCACUGACUGUGGCAAAACAUUUAGGGGGACAUCACAGCUCAAAGUCCACAAGUGUCUUGGUGACUUAUCACAACUUCACCAAAGUAAAAGUGAUAAACGCAAGAAACCACUGAACUGUUCUGAAUGUGAUGUAACAUUUCCUAACAAUUACCUUCUGACAACCCACAUGAGAAUGCACAAAGGCAAGAAACUGUUUACUUGCACAGUCUGUGGUCAAAAACGUCAGUUUAGUUCCCAUCUGGAGAUUCACAUGAGAACCCAUACAGGGGAGAAACCAUACAGUUGCUCUUUUUGUGGUAAACGAUUUUCACAAAGAGGAAUCAUGACCCAACACAUGGCCGUCCAUUCAGGGGUAAAACCGUACGGCUGCAGCGACUGUGGCAGAAGAUUCUUCUGGCAGUUUCAGAUCAAAAAACACAAGUGUCUUGGUAAGUCCUUGCAGCAGAGAAGAACUCGCUUUAAUGGAAAGGACUGUGGAGGAUCAGAACUAGACAGGAACUCUGAUCCAGAUAGACUUUUACAACCUGGUGCUGAUGAAAACACUAAAUCUUUUGAAACUGAUGACAGUGUUGACAUUGAAUUUUGGAAAGAGACCAGGCAACAUCAGUCAGGUUUCACUUACCGGAGAACAAAAAAAGUCUCUGGAAAAACUGAUUCAAAGGCAGAUGACAGUGUUAGCAGUGAUUUUUGCAAACAGACCAGGCAUCUAAACCUCCCAAAAAAACUGGAAGCCUCUGUAAAUAAUAAAGGAUAUAAUACUGACAGGAAAUCAUUCAGCUCGUCUGAGAGUCAGAAAAGAUCUGAAGACAGUCGCACUCUGCAGACACUCAGGAAAUGUCAAACAGGAGGGAAAGCAUUUAGUUGCGUGUUUUGUGGGAAAGGAUUUGCGACAGGAGGAUAUCUGACAAGACAUAUAUCUCUCCAUACAGGAGAGAAAUUACGUAAUUGCAUUGUUUGUGAGAAAAGAUUCCCAUUGAAUGCUGACAUCAUUAGCCAUACAUGUGGUGGUGAAUCCUUACAACUUUAUCAAAGCCAAACUGAGGAACAGGUUACUGCCAAUACAUUGUUGAGCUGCUCUCAGUAUAGAAAAGGAUUUGGCCAUAAGCAGCAGCUGCAGGUACACAUGAGGUGUUACACAGGGGAAAAGCCUUUCUGCUGCUCAGUGUGUAACACAGGCUUUAGUGACAGUGAGUCUUUAGUUAAACACAUGAGAAUCCAUACUGGACAAACACAAUUUAGUUGCUCAAUAUGUGGUAAAGAAUUUGCUUGGAGAAGAUGUCUGACAAAACAUAUGGAAAUCCAUGCAAAGAAAAAAAUGUACAGCUGCAGAGUUUGUGACAAAAGUUUCACUCGAAUUUAUCAGCUCAAUUACCACGAAUGUGAUGAGUCCUCACAGCUUCAUCAAAGCCAAACUGAACAGAUGGAAACAGGAGCUGAUGGAGAGGACUGUGGAGGACCAGAACAAGCCAGGGACUCUGAUCCAGAUAGACAACCUGAGACUGAGGAGACCUCUGAGACUGAAGACAGUGAUGGUGACUGGGAGGAGACCAGAGGAACUCAGUCAGGUUUAAACUCUCUGAGUGAUAAGACAUGUGAUGCGGGUGGGAAGCGAUUCAGCUGCUCUGAGUGUGGUGAAACAUUUUACAAUAAUCGCCUUCUGAAUAUCCACGUAAAGAAUCAUACAGGAGAACACAAGGGGGCAAACCAGGAGGACCCACCAGAGCCCCCACAUAUUAAAGACAAGUGGAGCCCCAGUCUGGACCAGGAGGACCCAGAGACCCCACACAAUAAAGAGGAGUGGAGUCCCAGUCUGAACCAGGAGAACCCAGAGACCCCACACAAUAAAGAGGAGUGGAGUCCCAAUCUGGACCAAAAGGAUCCACUAGAGCCCCCGCAUAUUAAAGAGAAGUGGUUUCUCAGUCUGGACCAGGAGGACCCACCAGAGCCCCCACAUAUUAAAGAGGAACAGGAGGAGCUCUGGAUCAGUCAGGAGGGAGAGCAGCUUCCAGGGCUGGAGGAGGCUGAUAUCACCAAUUUCACAUUCACUCCUGUCCCUGUGAAGAGUGAAGAAGAUGAUGAAGAAGAGAAACCUCAGUCCUCACAGCUUCAUCAAAGCCAAACUGAACAGAUGGAAGCUGAUGGAGAGGACUGUGACUCUGAUCCAGAUAGACUUUUACAACCUGAGACCGAAGACAAGCCUGAACACACAUAUAAAACUGAAGACAGUGUUGACAGUGACUUUUGGAAGGAGACCAGAGAACGCUGCUCUGAUGAAAAGGCUUCAGAGUCUGUUGGACCUGAGACUGAUGACAGCGUUGACAGUGAUUUCUGGAAAGACAACAGGAAACCUCAGUUAGAUUUAAACUCUUUGAAAAAUAAUGAAGUUUCUGAAAGUGAAACGAUGCCCAAUACUCUCAGGAAAACAUACAGCUGCUCUGAGUGUGGGAAAAGGUUCCUCCACAUUUGCAAUAUGAACAAUCACAUGAAAUUUCAUACAGGAGAGAAAGCUUUUUUUUGUUCUGUUUGUGGUCAGAAAUGUCUUUACAAGUCUCAUCUGAAGAUACACAUGAGAACUCAUACAGGAGAGAAACCAUUCAGCUGCCCAGUUUGUGGUAAAAAAUAUGCACAUAAGGCAAGUAUGCAAUCUCACAUGGUCGUCCACACGGUGGAAAAACAAUACACCUGCGACAUUUGUGACAAAAGCUUUGCUUGGUAUACAGAGCUGAAAUACCAUCAGUGUGUCGGGGAGUCCUCACAUGAAAAUCCAUGCUGGGGAGAAACCACGUAGUUAUACACAAGAGAAAUCUGUACUUAACACAGGAGAAAUGAUGAUUGGUUGAGCUGCAACUAGGGCUGGACAAUUUUCGUGAUAUAAUUUUCCUUAACAGAAUAACAUAUGUUCAAUAAAUUGAUUUAAUUAAUUUGUUUUAAGAACGAAUUAGCACGUAAUUUUUCUACUAAGAUAUUUAUUUUUAUUAAGGAGAAGGGACUGAAAACAAAUUGUACUUUAUUUUCCUCGUGCAUAUUUGUUAAAACUGAAUGUUCUGCAUCAGAUUAGUUUACUGAUCCUCUGUUUGGCAUAAAGUGUUUGUUCUGACCAGAAAGAAAAGUUUAAAACCACAUUUAACUUUCACUGAGGAGCAAAAAAAAUCAGCCUUUAAACUAAAGAAAUAAUGAUUUGAGAUUUAUUUUGAUCAUUAUCUAUAUCCAAUGACAUGAAAUUUCUGGGCUAUAUUGCCCGGCCCUCGCUGCAACCAACAACUUCUUACUGUAUCGAUUAAUUGGUAAAUUAUUUUCUGAUUUCAUGUUUAGUUCAGUUUACUGUUAAUUUUGACACUAUGAAGCUGCUCCUCUUCACAUUUGAGAAGCAGGAACAAAACAAAACCCGCCUGCUUUUCUGUUGAUUGCUUGAUCAACUCAUGGUGGCAGCUGUACUGUAGAGUCCUGUCAGCCAAGUAUUGAAGCAUUAAAACAACAGGAAAACC